AUGGCUGUCAACAUUAAUGGCGAGGUCAAUGGCGCCGCAGUCAAUGUCCCUGCGAAGACAUUCGACACCAUCCUCGUUCUCGACUUUGGAUCUCAAUAUUCGCACCUGAUAACACGACGACUGCGUGAACUCAACGUCUAUUCGGAGAUGCUGCCAUGCACUCAAAAGAUCGCGGACUUGCACUUUCAACCAAAGGGUAUCAUUCUAUCAGGGGGCCCCUACUCAGUGUACGAGGAUGGCGCACCCCACGUUGACCCUGCGGCGUUCGAUCUCGGUGUACCCAUCCUAGGGAUAUGCUAUGGACUGCAAGAGAUGGCGUGGCAUUUUGGCAAAAACGUGUUGGCGGGUGAGAAGAGAGAGUACGGGCAUGCGAUAGUCAAAAUCGAGAGACACACUGGCAAGGAAGAGCACAUUGAUCGCCUUUUCGAAGGCAUUGAAGAUGAUAUCGAGGUCUGGAUGAGUCAUGGAGACAAGCUGUCAAAGCUCCCUGACACCUUCCACCCCAUUGCGAGUACAGCCAAUGCACCGUUCGCUGGUAUCGCUAGCAUGUCCAAGCCGUACUUCGGCAUCCAAUUCCACCCCGAAGUCACGCACACGCCGCGCGGUACACAAAUUCUGAGCAACUUCGCCGUCAAGAUCUGCCAGGCUCGGCAAGACUGGACUAUGGAAAAGUUCGUCGACAAGGAGAUUGAACGUAUUCGAGCCAUGGUUGGUCCCAAAGGUCAAGUGAUUGGCGCCGUGAGUGGUGGAGUUGAUUCCACUGUUGCCGCCAAACUAAUGCAAGAGGCCAUUGGAGAUCGGUUCCAUGCAGUCUUGGUUGACAAUGGUGUUCUUCGUCUGAAUGAGGCAGAAACAGUCAAGGAGACAUUGACCAGGCAUCUUGGUAUCAACCUGACGGUGGUCGACGCUGCGGACCUCUUCUUGGGCCGACUCAAAGGGGUCUCUGACCCUGAAACAAAGCGAAAAAUCAUAGGCAACACCUUCAUUGAAGUAUUCCAGGACAAGGCAAAAGCAAUCGCUGAGGCUGCAGCAAACUCUUCGCGAGCUGGCGACAUCGAGUGGUUACUUCAAGGCACACUCUACCCCGACGUCAUCGAGAGCAUUUCAUUCAAGGGGCCAUCCGCCACGAUCAAGACUCACCAUAACGUUGGAGGUCUUUUGGAGAAUAUGCAUCUAAAGUUGAUUGAGCCUCUCAGAGAGUUGUUCAAAGAUGAGGUGAGGGCUUUGGGCACCAAUCUGGGCAUACCCGAGGACCUUGUCUGGAGACAUCCGUUUCCCGGACCUGGCCUCGCAAUUCGGAUUCUUGGUGAGGUUAAUGAAUCACAACUCAAGAUUGCUCGACACGCAGAUAAAAUCUUCAUCGAUGAGAUCGUCUCGGCUGGAUUAUAUCGCAAAAUCUCACAAGCGUUUGCUGCGCUUCUCCCCGUCAAAGCCGUGGGUGUCAUGGGCGACAAGAGAGUGCACGCUCAAGUGAUCGCCCUGCGAGCUGUUGAGACAACUGACUUCAUGACGGCUGACUGGUUUCCCUUUGAUGGCACCUUUCUUAAGCGUGUCAGUAACCGAAUCGUCAAUGAAGUUGAUGGUGUAUGCCGUGUAUUGUACGACGUUACGAGCAAGCCUCCUGGCACGAUUGAAAUGGAAUAG